GAGAUGCAAAAAGAGCAGAGCUGUCUGAAGGCCAAAAGUGAAAAAGCCUUGUUCCUACGGUGUUGAAGUCGCUGAUCUUCAACAUUUGUGGCUAUCUAUGGUGUAGUUUGUUCAAUUUCUUCUUGCUGAUUUAUGCUUUUGAUUGUUGAUAUCUUCAAUUGCCUGAAACAAUUUGUUCACAUUGAAAUCCCGAAUUUUUUGUUUCUAUUGGCGAACUCUUUGGGUUUGUCGCUCUUGCUAGCAGUUCACCUUCUUCUCUACCACCGACAGAAAAGAAAAGGAGUAGGAGAGAAACAAGAGGAUAAUGAAAGUUAUUUAUAUAUUAUUUUUAUGGAAAUUGAUAAGUUAUUUAUAUAUUAUUUUUUGGGGAAGGUCAAAGGUGAUAGAAUUUAAAAAUCGAUUAUGGUUUUAUUAUUUUUUAUUUUUAAAUUUAAAUUAUCAGACAUUUAUUCUUAAAUAAAAAAUAAAUCUUAAUUGAUUCCAUUAUCCCAAUCCUGGUUUCAAAAUGUUGCCCGUUCAAGUAUCCUCAAGCUUGAUACUCUGGUUUUGUAGAUGAUCUUAUUUGCUCCCUAAUUAUCUACUUUUAUCUAGCAAAUAAUGUCAAAGGAUAUAAUAUAAUGGGAGAAACGGUUUGGGCUUGGGCAUGAGCUUGGGCUGGGCUAUCAAAGGCCCAUGGCCCAGGCCCAUCAAAACGAGAGACACGUCAGCAAUCCGCAUGAAAGUGGGGCGGGCUUGGCACUUGGCUGCCGCCUCAAAUUCAUCUUCGUCUCUCGUCUCGUCUCGUCGUGUGAUUGAUUGCUUCUCUUUCUUCAAACUUUGCUGGGUUGGAAUUGGGAGGAAAUGGGGGGAGAAGGAAGAGGGAAGAAGGAGAACAACAGCAGUGCAACCAGAGCCAGAGGCCGCAACACCAAGAGGGUCCAAGUCUCCGAUGCUACGCUCAAGCGCGCCCGCGAUGGCAGCGCUUUCACUUCCUGUGAAAAGUGCAACAAACAGGUGCCCGUCGUUUUGAUCGAUUGGCAUGACUGUCAAAUGGAGGCUCAAAUUCGGAGGACUUUAGAUACACAAAUGGCAGAUCAAGAAAAACAAUCUGAUUCGGUAGCACCUGAAAAAAAAAGAGCAAAAUCUACUGCUGAGCCAAAUCCAAAGAAAGCCAAGAAGGAAAAGAAGGGCAAAGAUCCGAAUGCUCCCAAACGUCCUCCAACUGCUUUCUUCCUCUUCAUGGAUGAAUUUAGGAAAACUUACAAGGAAGCAAACCCAGAUUGCAAGAGUGUUUCGAUGGUUGCCAAGGAAGGCGGUGAGAAGUGGAAGUCUAUGACGGAUGAGGUGAAAAAGCCUUACAUGGAUAGAGCUGCAGAGCUCAAGGAGGAAUAUAAGAAGGCCUUACAGUCUGAGAACAACGCUCAAGGUGCAGCAGAUGAUGGAAAGUGUACGGAGGAAAAGGAAACAAAGGUUGAGACAGUAGCUUCUGCUGCUGCUGCUGCUGAUGAUGAUUAGGAAUGUUCUCCUACAUAGAAAAAAUCCUACCAAUCUUAUGCUGAGCAUGGUUUUCCUUGGACCUAGUCCUUUGUAAAUUUGUUGGAUUUAGUUUAAUUUUGAUGCUGCUAAGUCCCAUUGGAACGAACGUUAUAAUGAUUGUGAAGUACCUUGUUGCUUCAGUUUUGGAGCAUUCUGUCUG